GAUCUUUAGGAUCUUGUGAGUUUUUCUUUGUUUUCUCGUUUGAAUUUUUCGGAGGGGGGAGAAAUGGGAACGGAGGUUAUGAUACCCCAUGAUUGUUUGGUCCAGAGGGUGACCCCGUUUCAUCGCCGGAAAAUCGGACACGGGAACGGGAACGGCGCUUUUUGUCCUCGCUACCGGAAGCCGGCGGGUCGGUCGGAGAAGAGGAGGUGCAGCGCGGAGACGAAGAGAUCUCCCAGCGCCGGGAACUUGAAUCCCGGCGAGCUCGUGAUGGGCCGGGUCACGAUUCUGCGGCGGGGGGAGUCGCUGGGCUCGCUGGACUCGAAGAUCCGGGAACCCGUGCCGGCGGAGACGACUGAGCGAGUCGGCGACGUUUACGCCGGAUCGGCUUUCUCGAACUCGCCGUCGCCGAGAUCCUUGCCGGUGCCUUCGUUCUUCUCCAACCCGAACAGAGAGCAAGACGGGCUCGACGAUUCGGCUACCCGGUACUUGAGACGGGUGCUCCGACUCGAAUUGUGAAUUCGGAUCCGAGUACAUCUUUUUAGAAAUCAACUGGCAGCCCCUGUAUUUUCAGCAUCUUAAAAAAAGUCCCCAAAAAGUUCUUAUUUUUCCUUCUCAUACAAAUCAUCGGGGAGGGAUUCAAGAGGGUGAGAAAUGAGGGACCAAACAAAAACUAUGUAAUUAGGGGUGCCUAUUUUUCUACUAAUUAUAAUUAAUCGAGCAUGUAUUACUACCAAGGAAGUAUUAACUUGUGUAAUUAAGCUGGAAUGGCAUGAUUGUAAUUCAGGAAGAGAAUUUGG